AUGUUGAUAUCUAAGAAAAUGGUCAGAGAAAAUUCCACCUUGGUGACAGAAUUCAUUCUCUUGGGAUUGACGGAUCACCCAGAGCUUCAGUCCAUCCUCUUUGUGCUGUUCCUGGCGAUCUACCUGAUCACUGUCGGGGGCAACCUUGGGAUGGUGGUGUUGAUCAGAGUGGACUCCCGCCUACACACUCCCAUGUACUACUUUCUCGCCAGUUUGUCCUGCUUGGACUUGUGCUAUUCCACUAAUGUGACUCCCAAGAUGUUGGUGAACUUUUUAUCAGAGAAGAAAACCAUUUCCUAUGCUGCCUGUUUAGUGCAGUGCUAUUUUUUCAUUGCCAUGGUGAUUACUGAAUAUUAUAUGCUGGCUGUGAUGGCCUACGACAGGUACAUGGCCAUCUGUAACCCUUUGCUUUACAGCAGCAAGAUGUCCAAAAGAGUCUGUGCUCGACUGAUUGCUGGUCCCUAUAUCUAUGGGUUCCUUAGUGGCCUGAUGGAAACCAUGUGGACUUACCGCUUGACCUUCUGCGGCUCCAAUAUCAUUAACCACUUCUAUUGUGCUGAUCCCCCCCUCAUCCGGCUCUCCUGCUCUGACACAUUCAUUAAGGAAACAUCCAUGUUUGUGGUAGCAGGGUUUAACCUUUCCAACUCCCUCCUCAUUAUCCUCAUCUCCUACCUGUUCAUUCUCAUGGCCAUUCUGAAGAUGCGUUCUGCUGAAGGGAGGCGCAAAGCCUUUUCCACCUGUGGGUCCCACCUGGUGGCAGUGACUGUGUUUUAUGGGACCCUGUUCUGCAUGUAUGUUAGACCUCCCACUGACAAGUCAGUGGAACAGUCCAAAAUCAUUGCUGUUUUCUACACUUUUGUAAGCCCUAUGUUGAACCCCAUCAUUUAUAGUCUGAGGAACAAGGAUGUGAAACGAGCUUUUCGGAAACUCAUCAGAAGAAAUGUGCUCUCUAAAUAA